CCUGGCCCUGGCCCUGGCUCUCGCUCUCGCCUCCUUCGGCCUCUUGGCCCCGUUGGUGGCCCUCGCCGCGGGCCCCCCCCCGAUGGUGCUGCCCCCCUGCCCCAUGGCGGACUUCGUGCCGCCGCGGCACAGCGCCGUCAUGGAGCGCCUCCGCCGCCGCAUCGAGCUGUGCCGCCGCCACCACAGCACCUGCGAGUCCCGCUACGAGGCCGUGUCCCCCGAGCGGCUGGAGCUGGAGCGCCAGCACACCUUCGCCCUCCACCAGCGCUCCAUGCAGGCCAAGGCCAAGCGGGCCGGCAAGCACCGCCAGCCCCCGGCCCCGCCGCCGGCCCCGGCUCCCGCCCCCGCCGCCGACCGACCCGCCGCCGCCGCCGCCGGACCUCCCGGACCUCCCGGACCUCCCGGACCUCCCGGACCCCAACUGCAUGAAACAUUGAAAAAGAACCUGGAGGGUGCCAUCUCACCACAGAACGGCGAUCAGCCAAAUGGCUACGGGGAUGUGUUUUCGGUGUCCAAGAAAAUGUGGCGCCACGACCCUCUAGGCGGAACAGUUCCCGCCAAUGGGAUGCCCCCGCCAUCACCGCGGCGCCCUCUCAAGUCGUGCGGGAGCGAAGCCUCUCAGACAAAUGGGCCGGUGGGCCCGGACUCCAAGUGCCUCCCGGAGGCCGGCCUGCGGCCGAACGGGCGCGGGGGUCCGGACGACCCGGCGGCUCCGGGCCCCGGCAAGGAGCCGAAGCAGGAGCCGGCAGACGACUUACCCAGCCUGGUGGCCGGAGCCGGAGCCGCCGGUGCCCAGAGUAGCCUCAUGUCCGACCUGAACUUGAACGAGCAGGAGUGGAAAGAGCUCAUCGAUGAGCUGAACCGCUCCGUUCCCGACGAGGACAUGAAGGAUAUCUUCAAUGAGGAUUUGGAGGAGAAGAAGGAGCCUGAGACUCCGAGCUCUGCCAUGCGGACACCCCCGGCGCAGGAGGUCCUCGUCAAGACGGAGUUCUCGCCCGCCGCUUUUGAGCAGGAGCAGCUCAGCUCUCCCCGGGGAAGGGGGGCAGCCGGGCAGGGCUUCGGCCCUGGGGGCACCGCUUCUCCACACCCCGUGUUCCAGCUGGGGGCUGAUGCACCGAGCCGGACCUCGAUGCAGGCGGCCAACCUGCAGCCGCCCGGCGGGGCCAGGCCCGUGCUUCCCGGACCGGGGCCGGCCAAGGAGAUGUCCUCAGCCCACCAGCUCCAGCAGAUGGCUGCCAAGCAGAAGAGGGAGCAGAUGCUGCAGAGCCAGCAGGCCCAACAAGCCCACCAGACCGGUCAGCUCUCUGGCUGGCAGCCGGCUGGGCCCGCCCACAGUCCCCUGGCCGUCUCCUACGGCCUGGAGGGCCCCGCCAGCCCCACAGUCUUCCAGCCGGACUUCGGGGGCCAGAAGCUCAUGAUGCCCAAAAUGCCGACCAAGGGCUCCCCCCGGCCCCCAACCGCCUAUCACGUGAGCUUGUUGUCCCAUCAGGCCGGGAGCCUGAGCAGCCAGAACCUGGUUAACGGCCAGGGCCCCGUACUGGACUACGGCAACACCAAGCCCCUUUCUCAUUACAAAGCGGACUGUGGGCCGGGCGGCCCUGGGCCUGGGCCUGGCCCGAAUAAGUCCCCCAUGUUGGCCUACCUCCAACAGCAGCUGCCACCGCCGCCCAUGAGCGAGGAACCGAGCGGGAUGUUUAUGUUGAAGCAGAAGGCCGCCAAUGGGUCCUUCAGGCCGCUGGUUCCGCAUGGCCAGGACCAGAAUCCUCCGGCUCCGGUCCCCCGCGGGCCCGGCCCGGGACCCCUCGCCUCGGGUGGCUGCGGGGCAGGAAGCCAGCCUCCGGCUGUGUCCAUGGCCAACACCCACAACGGCGCGGCCUACCUGGGCUCCCAGCAGCAGCAGCAGCAGCAGGUGGCGGCGGCCAUGAAGCAGCAUCACAUGUUACUGGAGCAGCAGCAGAAGCAUCUGCUGAUGGAACAGCAGAAGCAGUUUCUCUUGGGGCAAAGGCAGCAGCUGCUGGCCGAGCAAGAGAAACAGCGUCAGGAACAGCAGCUGCAGCGGCACCUGACCCGCCCUCCACCUCAGUACCAAGAUCAAGCCCAGACCACUUACCAGCAGCAGGCUGGACCGUUCCCAGGAUCUCCAACAGCCAUGGCGGGAGUGAGCAGCCUGGGCCCACCCACCUCGAGCAGCCCCCGGAUGUUUCCGCAGCCUCAGAGCAUGGUCCAGGUCGGGCCGGGGUCCAGCUCAGUGCCCUCGUCGGCCCCGGCCUCCAGCCAGCCGGACCGGGCCGGGCCCCGCUUCCCCAGCCUGCAGGCUCUGCAGCAGCAGCAGCAGCAGCAGCAGCAUGGGGGCCUGUACAGCGUUGCCCCCGGCAUGCCCCAGAUGGGCCCUCAGCACACAACAUCCAGUGCCAACGGGCAGCCCCAAGUCCAGCGGCAGCCUGGUCUCGGCCCGGCUGGCACCGUCCCUGCAGGCUAUGGGCAGAGCACCGUGGCCAACUCUGGGCUCUCGCAGCAGCAGCACAAGGGGGCCCUGAAUCCUGCCUUGUCCAAGCCGCAGUUGUCCAGAGGGCCGACGGUCCUGGGAGGGCAGAACCCCUCGUGGCAGCACCCGGGCCUCUCUGCUCUGAACAGCCAGGGGCCCGCGACCAGCAGCCUGGGUCCCUUCGCGGCCGGUACCGCCUUCCACGUGCAGCCGGUCCACCUGAAACUGGCCGGUCAGCCGUUCCCCCCGGGGGUGGCCCAGGUAUCCCUGAGCGGCGGCCGGCCCACAGCCCCACUGGCUGCCGGGGGGCAGAUGAUGCCAGCCAUGGGCACCCCCCAGAGGACCAACCCCCCGCCACCGCCGGGCCUGCCUGGGUUGGGCCAGGUGGUCCCAGACCUGACCCCAUUCGGCCAGGGCCGCACCUCCCUGCACUGCGGUCAGGGUUACCAGGUGAGGACGCCAACCCAAGAGCUGCCUUUCGCCUAUGGCGGCGGGCAGGUGGGCAACGGGGCCGUGCAGAACCUCCCUGGUGACGCCGACCUGAUCGACUCCCUGCUUAAAAACAGGACUUCGGAGGAGUGGAUCAACGACUUGGACGAGCUCUUGGGCACCCAUUGAAACAGAGCCUGUCGCUCAGAGAGAGUGGGGGGUGAUGGGGAGUGGCGGGGGAACCAAUCACGGAGGGGUCUGGUGGCGUUUCUCCAGGCAGUGGAGGAGUUUUUGUUCUCCUUUUCAAGGGAUGGCGCAUCUACACUUGGACCAAAACCACGGUGAAUUGUGGGGCUAGGGGUGUGGGGGGCGUGUCCCCGGGCGGGGACUGUCUGGAGACUCCUGGCGGGUUGGGGGAUUGCACGUUCUAGAGUGGCCACGUGAUCGUGGGGUGGAAAGAAGGCUUUUGUUUUAAAAGCUUAGAAAAAAAAGUGCCUGGGCUUGGGGCAGGCGACUGGACCAUGCCAUUGUCUAGCUACUCAGUUAAUUGUCCCGUCGUCUCCCAGGGGAAUAGCGGCCCCUUCCAUUUUCAUUCUCUCUCGUGGGUGAGCGAUAGGAUGUGGUGUGGUCAUCAGAGAGACUUCCACGCUUUUUUCUCAAAGAGAGCACAUGUACGAGAGCACCCCCACUCAGUGGCUACCAUGCAGCAAGGGCAACUCAGCAUUUGAGCGUGCUGGUGUGGUUUGCAGACCCCCCACUCUCCACCCAAAGAACAGGCUCCCCGAGACCCCGGGCUCUAACCUCAUUAGAUUUAAAAGGGGCAGUCUGAGCGCAGACCCUCUGUUGGUCUCACCUUUUUUUCACCCUUCCCCUGCCUCCGGCUCUGCUGCAGUGGCUCCCCCACAGCUCACUUGGGCUCCCACCAUAACACCCCAGAGUGGAGAUGGGGCUAGAUUCUACCUGGAUCAACCAGGCAAUCAUUUGGAUCCGGAUCUCCACGUGGGGUGGCUGCCCCUCAGCUGCAGGGUUGGCUGGGGGUGUGACUGGGCAUGAAACAGGGAAGCUCGGAGUCAAAAGGCGGUCCGAGGGGGUGUUGGGAGUGUGGGGGUGACCUCUCGGUGCAGUAAGGUUCAGGGGAAACUCGAGAGGGAACCAUUCCCCUGGAAAACACAAAGGUCCCUUCUCUAAAGACUCCUUUUUGCUCUCCAGAAGUCCCCUUUUGAAAACCCUGUCCUUCCGGGUGGCCUGAGACAGGCACUUUCUGUCCCCUCUGCCUCCACCCAACUCCCAUCCCUGUCUGGGCCCCAGGGGCUGGAGGGACAAAGGCUGCAGCCAGUGGUGGGGGCAGAAAAGCUGAGAUUUGGCUCCCAGGGAUUUCUUCCUCCAUUUCUUGGCAUGUUGAGUUUCAGUAUGUUAUAACCUGCUGGCCUCCACCUCCCAAAUCUCCAGAAUUUGCCCGCUCCCUGGCCCCAUGGACUCCCCCCACUUCCAGCUGUUGGACGAGCAUUUGCCAGGUUGAAUUUUGUGUCCGUCCGUUCCUCCCCCCAGCUUAAUUUCUUGGCCAAGUUCAUUAUCGUGGCGAGGAGGGUUACUUUCCAAUAGGGAAUAUCAAGAUUUUAAGUGGGAGUUGUGGGGAGAGAGUGGAUAGUGGGGUUACAGAGGGUGGGGGUUCCUGUUUGGGGAGCUAAUUAUACAAAAUGGGAUGUAGCCUUCUGGAAGGAUUUUUUUUAAUUUUUUUUUUUUUGGUGGACUUUUUGAUCUGCAACUCCUCGUCAGACAACUUGCACUUUUUUGGAAAAGAACAGCUUUUGAACACUAACAUUUCCUUAAACCCUUUUGAAAUAUUUAUGUAGCUUAUUUUGGUAUUUCCCGCAAACUUGCAUUGAGGGCACUUGAGCGAGUGGAAGAUGUGGCUGAGCGGAUCUCUCUGUGGGAGCAGCUUGUCACUGGACAGACCCCAAGGCGGGUGCUUACUCCCCGCCACACACAGACACACACCCUGCCAGUCCAAAAAAAUGGAGAAACUCAUCGCAGCAAGGGACGUAUGCUCCAUCUGGAAGGCCUUUCCAAAGUGCGAGUGGGCUUAACCGGGCAGAGGCUGGAAGUCAUGACCUUGGAGAUGCGCUUUGUCCACUAGCAGGGGUUGACCAUCCUAUCCAGAGGAAUGGUUUGUGAACAGUAACUCAAGAGACAAACCUAUCAUGUCGGGGUGGGAGGUUGGAAGGGAGGGUGGGAACUGUGGGGACUUGGUAAUUGUUUUGCACCAGCUGUGCCUUUUCGAGGGGUCUGAUAGACACCCUCUCUCCCCUCCAACUAUUCAGAUGCACAGGAGGGAGGUGGGAGCUCCACCUCCCUCCGCCCAUCCACACUCCUCCCCUAUGUGUUUCAAACAUUAAUGUUUUGCUCUCAGAAGCAAACCAUAAAAACAAAAUAAAGCCAAAAGACCAGAGUCCGGUGCCCAUUGAUUUCCAUGACCUGGAGGAGAGCUGCUGUGGCACGCUUCCAGGGAAAUGGUUACGGUGUCUGCGGUGUCAAGUGUGCGGAAGUGGGCCCUCUGCUCACUGCCUCUCCAUACCAGUGCUCAGAGAGUUUGACCCAGCCGGUGCCCCCGGCCCCACCUUCCCAGCAAUAACUCGCGAUUCCCUUGGCCUGGCCCAGGGAGAGCUGCCCAGGGUUUUAUUUAUGAACUCUAUUUUUGGGGUGUGUGGAUGGGGAGCCAGCUUCACUGUCCUCUCCCUCCUUCCCCUUGCCACCCCAACCUCAGCUCCAGUGACAAGGGUGCUCAGAUUUCUGUUCUACACAUUUCCUUUGUGUAAAUAAAUGUUUACAGUUUUAUAUGAAAGAUUGAAUGAGUUAGAUCUUCUGACUGUAUAUUUUUUACUUUUUAUAGAUUUUAAAACUGUAUAAUUCUUUAUAUGUGUGUGUCAGAGGGGAGUCUGGUUUGAUGCUUGUAAAUGGAGACCCAUUGAUUGCUAACCUUUUAUGGCGGAUUUUGUCACGAAAAUGUAUAAAGAUCUAUUAACCUCCCACCCCACCCCCACCCCCAUUCUUCUACACCACUUAAACUCUGGUGCACACCAAAAAGCCCUUCACUUUUCUGUUUUCCCAUUAUAAGAAAUAAAAGUAUUUUGCUAUUAUGAAAA